AUCUCCCAAGGCGGCCAGCCCGAUUGCGCAGGCGCCCUCGCUACCGUCCUCCAGGAGCGGUCAGGAGCGCCUCGCCUGAGACCGAUUACGCAUGCCCAGCUAGCGGUCUUCGGUGGGAAGGGGUUGCUCAGCUGACGUUAUUUGGCGCCGGAGCUUCCGGUUGGCCGGGGUUUGGUUCCGGGGCAGGGUCGUGCCCGUUAGGAGGGGUCGCUCUGGCCGGCUGAGGAGGAAGAAUCAGAAACAACAGCAACAGGAGGAGGCUCACGACCCUUCCCACCAAAGGCUGUUCUUCACUAGCAUCUAACUCAAAGAGGAGGAAUUCUGGAUCUCGCGGAAUCUGUAUCUGCCAUUGAGGCAAAGCUGAGGAUGGAAGGAGUUGAGCUCAAAGAAGAGUGGCAAGAUGAAGACUUUCCAAGACCUCUGCCAGAGGAUGACCAUGUUGAAGAUAUGUCAGAUCCAGCUGGACAAGGCGACCAACCUGAAGUGAAUGGCAACAAGGUUAAGAAGAAACUAAUGGCUCCAAAUAUAAACUUAACCCUGGAUCAGAGUGAGGAAUCCAUUGUGUCUGACUUAGAUGAGAGCGGUGAUAUUGAUCUGGAUGAUAUGAACACACCGUCUGAAAACAGUAAUGAGUUUGAAUGGGAAGAUGACCUCCCAAAGCCCAAAACUACUGAUGUUAUUAGAAAAGGAUCGCUUCCAGAAUACGCAGCAUCGGAGGAAAAAGAGGAGGAACGUCGGUGGCGUCUCUUCCGGAUUGGAGAACAAGACCACAGGGUAGACAUGAAGGCAAUUGAGCCCUACAAGAAAGUCAUCAGUCAUGGAGGUUACUAUGGUGAUGGGUUAAAUGCAAUUGUUGUCUUUGCAGUUUGCUUCAUGCCAGAAAGCAGCCAGCCAAACUACAGAUACUUAAUGGAUAAUCUGUUUAAGUUUGUUAUCGGAACACUAGAGCUCUUAGUAGCUGAGAACUACAUGAUCGUUUACCUGAAUGGUGCUACAACGCGGAGGAAGAUGCCGAGUCUCGGCUGGCUCCGGAAGUGCUAUCAACAGAUCGAUAGGCGGUUAAGGAAAAAUCUGAAAUCCUUAAUCAUAGUUCACCCUUCCUGGUUCAUUAGAACACUUCUGGCAAUCACAAAGCCUUUUAUUAGCUCAAAAUUCAGCCAAAAAAUCAGAUACGUCUUUACUCUGGCAGAACUAGCCGAACUCCUCCCCAUGGAAUAUGUUGCUAUCCCAGAGUGCAUAAAACAGUAUGAAGAAGAAAAAUUUAAAAAGAAAGCCAAAAGAAUUGACCAAGAGCUCAACGGGAAACAGGAGCAGAAGACCGAACAGUAAACUUGUUUUGUUUUUUCCUUGAGUCAAAGACUGAAGAAUGUGUCGAUGGAAUGACGAGAGGCUUGUCUUCCGAGAGGCUUGUCUUCGGACUUGCGCCCAAUGGGCUACUAGCCACAGGGCAGGUUUGCAAGUCCAGCCUAAACCUUGACACUUAUUGCUGCCUUAAUUAUAAUGGUUUCAUACUACAGUGUUGCAACUCGUCAUAGGAGCCGCCCAUGUUCUCUCUCCAAAUGUUGCUUACUCAGUAAAUAUUUAUAUGCUUAAAUGUUAAGGAAAGAGAUAAUAUAUAUAUUUGUAUGACUUCUUGAAACCAUUUUAUAACGUCUGUCUGCAGAACCUAGCAGGUAGGCAAGGCCAUGAAUGACCGCUGUCAUUAAUUUGGUAAUAAAGUGCAUGACAAUUUCUAGUAAACGGUCAAAUCUUUCUUGGGUAUCAACGCCAAAAGCCCCUCAGUGAUAGCUGUGCUAGCAAGAUGUAACCAGCUGUCUUGUAUUGAUGUGAACAUUCUUGGCCAUUUCCUGUCUUGGUUGUGCCUUAACACUUGUGUGUCUCCUGCGUGGGUUGCUUCUCUUGGCACAAAAUGGGCUCUGCCCGAGUUCCACUCAACUGGACAAAGGGCUUCUAAUUUCUGGCCUGAGCAGCCAUGAAAAGAAUGGUUUGAGUCACCAAAAAUAGUGCCAUUGCUUUGGUGUCUAAUCAGUGAAAGCGGUUUAUGUAUCAAAUGUCUGGUGUUCAGAUGAGUACAAAGGACUGUACUGGUACAGGUGUGUCAUCCUCUGAACAAAACCAAUGCCAGCCAUUUAGGCUGAAGGUUAAGGAUGGAAUUGUGUGCCCGACAAGAAGCAUGAGGCUCCUGCCUGUAAUGGCCCCUGUGUGUGGAGUGUUACCCCACCAACACCACCACACUCUGUGGCAUAAUAGAGUUUACUGGGGCUCCUGAUGCCCCCACUUUAUGGUUUCUCUGUCCACCAUUGGUGUGGAAUGAAGAAGUGUCCCAUGUGACUUCUCACACGGGUACAGUGGAUGAUGUUGGGGAUUCCUUGUUAUAGAGAUGGGAAAGCAUGAUAUAGGGGUACUGUUCUCCGCAGCAGCCCUGUGCUUCUUAAGGUCGUGCCACUUUGGGGUGGAAGAAUGAAAUUGCACUGCCAUUUUGUACCUGGAGAGACUGCCAUGGCACCUUUCACAAGCACUAAACUCACUUUAUUUAUUUUUUAAAAGUAUUAAGAGUCUGUUUUAGAAAUGUAUGUCCACAAGCUUUUUUUCCACUGGUGCAGGAAUUGACUCGUUAUGUCCUGUAUGAGUAUGUAAACUGCAGACUGAUGAGCACCGAUUCCUAUGGGUCAGUAGUUGAUCGUAACAGCCGAUAUCCUAAACUCUUUGGAAUGUUUCAUUUGUGUGUGUUAAAAUGUCUCCCUUCUUGGCACCAGUCAUCUUUCCCUUCUCCAAAUGAUGCUUGCUUGGGAAAUGCUUGCUGUGUGUCAUUGUUAUAAAUGUUAGCCAAUAAAUAGUGUUUUUACAGAAA